ACCCCCCCGGGACCGCGCUCGCUGCGGCCGGAGCAUCGCGGCAGCCCCGGGGGAGCCGGGCGGCUCCUGCCUCCCGCGGCAGAGAGGAGUGCCUGGAGCUUCAGGGCUGGCUGACUCUGCAGCUGGAGCAGAUCCGCACUGUGUGUGUGGGGAGCGCCACUCCGACCCGGAGACCUUGCACCUCCGACAGGCACCAGGACCGCUGCACGGGCACCGGCACCACUGCACAGGAAAGGCCCCCUGGGUCUCCUCCCCCGGAGCUCUUCCCCCUUGUGCUGCAGAGAAGAAUCGAGCUUAGUAGCAGGUGCAUUUUUGUGAUCAAAAUGCUCCUCAGCUGAACUGUCUUUGAAUCUGGCACGUCCCUGAAAUCCGCUCCAUUUCAAUGGAUGAAGAGGAGAGAGGAGCAGAAGAAGUGUUUUGCUAAAAGUCCCUGAUCGCUCUGAUAGACAGUGCAGUAGCUGGAGUUUUCUGCAAAAACGGCUGUGCAGGUGCAAACACAGAGGUGUCAGGCUGCACACUUUUUCUGGCUGAAGUUGUUUAAAUCAACCGAUCUGGGAGCAAAACCAGAAGCAUGUGGCUUGCAUCGCUGUUCGUGUAACAGGACCAGCUCAGCCAAAGAACAAGAUGCUUAUGAAGUUUAAUUUCUGUUAGCCUUAAAGGAAAAACUGGAGAAUAACAGCUAUGGAUCCUUUAUAUUUUUCCAACACAUUUAGUAUGGAAGCUAGUUCCGGUGAUGUAAAUUCCUCACUGCUGACAAAUGUGACAGAGAACGGGACACUCUCAGAGCUGCCCUCAUUCAAAUACAUCCACAAAGUCCUGAUUCCUGUCUUUUACCUCCUCGUAUGUGCAGUUGGACUCAGCGGCAACACUCUGGUCAUUUAUGUGGUUUUGCGUUAUGCCAAGAUGAAAACUGUCACCAACAUUUACAUCUUGAAUUUAGCCGUUGCUGAUGUACUCUUCAUGCUGGGCCUGCCGUUCCUGGCUACCCAGAAUGCCAUCUCCUAUUGGCCUUUUGGCUCUUUUUUGUGCAGGCUGGUUAUGACUGUGGACGGUAUUAACCAGUUCACUAGCAUUUUUUGCUUGACUGUGAUGAGCAUGGACCGCUACCUGGCAGUAGUUCACCCAAUCAAAUCAACCAAGUGGCGACGUCCCAGGGUGGCCAAGCUAAUCAGUACGACUGUCUGGACAUUCUCUUUCUUGGUGGUGCUUCCAGUCAUCAUCUUUUCGGAUGUGCAGGAAGUCUUUCACACUUGCAACAUGAACUGGCCAGAUCCAGUCAACAUUUGGUCAGCAGCAUUCAUCAUUUACACAUCCGUCCUUGGGUUUUUUGGUCCUUUGUUGGUGAUCUGUCUUUGCUACUUGCUGAUUGUGAUUAAAGUCAAAUCUUCAGGGAUCCGAGUUGGGUCUACAAGACGCAGGAGAUCAGAGAGGAAGGUGACCAGGAUGGUGGUGAUCAUUGUGGUCGUCUUUGUGUUUUGCUGGCUCCCUUUUUACAUGAUGAACAUUGUCAAUUUGAUAUUUAUACUGCCAGAAGACCCUGUGUUGGUAGGGGUGUACUUCUUUGUGGUGGUCCUGUCCUAUGCAAACAGCUGUGCCAACCCCAUUCUUUAUGGAUUUCUUUCUGACAACUUCAAGCAGAGUUUUCAGAAAGUCCUUUGCCUCCGGAAGGGCAAUGGCAUAGAGGAUGGUGACCCCAUUGAACACAGGCAAGAGAACAGCAGUCGCUUGCAGGAAUCGAUGCUAACCCAGAGAAAUAUUGAAUUCAAUGGGCAUAUGCAGACUAGUAAGGUGUAAUGGGCAUGGCUUGGUAACGCAAAGCAGUUGUAGAGCUGGAGACUUUAGGGACUUAAAGGAGAGAUGAAAUCUUAGCAAAGCUAAAAUCUGGAGACCCACAAGCUAAAAUAAAUGUACAUAGACUUCUCUUCGCUCCCCUCCCUUUCCCAGCUAAAAGUGUUAUGGGUUAUACUGGGUUGUGUGAAGUCCGUAUGGCAUUUCAGCUAAGGCCGUCAGACGUGUGUUACCACUUUCUGUACUCUAGGGAACUGAUUUACUGGUACACACUGCUUGCUUUGUACUGCUCUAGUGAUGCAAAACAACACUAAACCUGUUUUAACUACCUUGUUAAGCUGAGUUUAUGGCUGCUUUGCACUGUCAGGAUCAGCUCAAAGCAGAAAACAGCUCAGAUAAUUCGGCUGAAAAUGUUUUUGAAAGUCUCUAAGGGGAUCUCUUAAAAGAAAAACACUAUUUCUGAAGAGGAAGAUUUACAAAAAAGAGAAAAAAAAAAGAAAAGACCACAGCACUGAUCUUGGAAUUAUGUACGAGCCAUGGUUUCACAGUGCUGCAUAUUCCAUUUACAUUGCUUUACUAUCAUUAAUCCGUGUUAGAGACUCAUAGUAUUCAGGAAACUUUCAAACACAGUAAGAAAGAGUAAAAAUAAGACUAUAAAAAGUGUUGAAAGGACUCAAUGUAUUCCUAAUACUUUCACAUUCUAAACCAAAUUGCAUAUAAAAUGUAAUGUAACCACUUUACUAUUAUGUAAGUGACAAUGCUUGUGAAGUCUGGAAAGCCGUUGUGUAUAUUUAUUGGUUCUGAAUUUAAGUAUGGACGUGAAUUUAAACUGUAUUUACAGAAAUUAAAACAAGUCCAAUACC